CUGAGUUGACCUUGCGCGCUCCUCUCCGGCCCCUCCUGGCAGGUAAAGCGGGCGGCCUGUUACCAACCUCCAGGAACUGCGAACUGCUUAUAUGGAAGAUGCAGCCCUUGCAACAUGUUCUGGGGGGCACCAGGUUGCUGCGUCAGAGGCCUGCCUGCUGGACCUUGCGAUCGGUGCCCCGAGCCUGGAGUGCCACCUGCAGUCCAGAUUCUGGGCCACACCCAAGAGAGACAAAGCACAUGGGAGGAGGCCUGGAAGCCUUCCGUGCCAAGCUAGCAGCGGGGCCAACCAUGCAGCAUUUUCUACAAGAUGUUGCCCCUGUGCAGGAAAGUCGCUGUUUGCCAGAUGACGCAAAGGAGGACUCGGAUCACUACCUCGGUUCUGGUGCCUUGGCUGAGACAACAAGAAAAGUGUAUUUGGAGACUUAUGGCUGUCAGAUGAACGUCAACGAUACGGAGAUCGCCUGGUCUAUCCUUCAGAGGAGCGGCUACCUGAGGACGAGCAGGCUGGAAGAGGCUGACGUGAUCCUACUUGUCACAUGUUCCAUCAGGGAGAAGGCUGAGAGGACCAUCUGGAACCGCCUGCGUCACCUCAGAGCUCUGAAGUCCAAGCGGUCUUCCUCCCAGGUCCCUCUACGCAUCGGGAUUUUGGGCUGCAUGGCGGAGAGGCUGAAGGAGAAGAUCCUGGAGCAGGAGAAGAUGGUGGACGUGGUGGCCGGCCCGGACGCUUACCGUGACCUCCCCCGGCUCCUGGCGGUGGCCGAAUCUGGCCAGCAAGCGGCCAAUGUCCUGCUGUCCCUGGAUGAAACCUAUGCAGACGUCCUGCCUGUGCAGACCAGCUCCAGCUCCACGGCAGCGUUUGUGUCCAUUAUGCGCGGAUGCGAUAACAUGUGCAGCUAUUGCAUCGUGCCGUUCACCCGCGGCCGUGAGCGGAGUCGGCCAGUUGCUUCCAUCCUCCAGGAAGUGCAGCUGCUGUCGGAUCAGGGCGUAAAGGAGGUGACCCUCUUGGGUCAGAAUGUCAAUAGCUACCGAGACACCUCUGAGGUCCAGUUCCUAUCAGCAGCGCCUGCCCCCCUGAGCCGCGGCUUCAGCACCGUCUACAAAACCAAACAGGGCGGCUUGCGCUUUGCAGGCCUUUUGGACCGAGUGUCCCUGGUCGACCCCGAAAUGAGGAUCCGCUUCACUUCCCCGCACCCCAAAGACUUCCCAGACGAGGUCUUCCAGCUCAUGCGGGAAAGGCACAACGUUUGCAGGCAGCUCCAUGUCCCUGCCCAGAGUGGCAGCUCUCGUGUCCUGGAGGCCAUGAGGAGAGGAUACUCCCGAGAGGCUUACCUGGAGCUGGUGCACCACAUCCGGGCCUCCCUGCCAGGUGUCAGCCUCAGCAGUGAUUUCAUCGCUGGUUUCUGCGGAGAGACGGAAGCCGACCAUCAGCAGACGGUGUCCCUCCUGCGCCAGGCCCGCUACAACGCAGCCUUCAUCUUCGCCUACAGCAUGCGGCAGAAAACCCGGGCAUUUCACCGGCUGCAGGACGACGUGCCAUCGGAAGUGAAGCUCCGGCGGCUGAAAGAGCUCAUGGCCGUGUUCCGAGAAGAGGCUGCUGUGGCCAAUGCUGCCACUGUGGGUCGUGCACAGGUGGUCUUGGUGGAGGGCCCCAGCAGGCGGUCCCCUUCAGACCUGUGUGGCAGGAACGACGGCAACAUCAAGGUGAUCUUCCCUGACGUAGAGAUGGACGAUGGCUCUGGGCGUGGAUCCACGGUGAAAGCCCAGCCGGGAGACUAUGUCCUGGUGAAGAUUUCCUCUGCGAGCUCCCAGACCCUGAAGGGCGCCCCCCUCCGUCGGACCACCCUGAGAGAAUCUGCAGAAUUCCGCUGAGGCUGUGCUCCGAGCGCCAGCAUAAACCGCAUCCAGAAGCAGUGAAGAACACUGGGGCCUGGCUGCCGGCGAGAGCUUCCCGGGCCGCUGAAUUGCCUGCUGCCAGUGCUGCUCAGUUCCCUCACCUUGGGGGCUUUCCCUGUUCCUCCAGCCUUCUGCCUUCCUCGCAGCACUGCACACGUGUUUAAUAGUGUGCAAGAUCAAAAAUAAAGCAUCCGGUUGCAGAUCACCAGUGGCUGAGUGGAGAGAAAAGGGCAGGGAGGUGCAGAUAAAGAGGGUUGCCAGGAAGUAAUUCACUGGCUGCUUGUGAGAGGUCGUGCUAAGUUUACUUAUCAUGGUGUACUAAGCUGAGUUACACCUUUAUUAAACCAGUGACUUCAGAGGGAGUGCUUAUACCCGACUUUUUUUUUAAAGUCCACUUUACGGUCGGUUGUGUCCCUGUGCACACUCUUCAUUCCGUCUUUUCGUGUUCCACCCUCUUCCCCCUCUCCUGCCCCCUGCCAGCCCCCUGCACUGUGAUUGGCUACUCUUUGUCUAACCAGCCACGCCCCCUCCCCUCCUUUCCAUUCUUCUCCACUCCCUUCUUUCCUCUUAAAUUUUUUAAAUCCAGUGCAGGAUCAACGGAUUGCUGGUUUGAAAGCACAGGGGGGACUUCUCUUGUUAUUCUUUUUGCUUUGGCAUGAGUGGGAAUAUUAAAUAGGGGUCUAAAUAUCUCGGUAUCAAAUAAAGAUGUUAAUAGUGACUUUUA